GAGGCAGCAGCGAAAUGGCGUGCAUUGUCGCGGCACGAGCAAUCGGAGUAUGACAGCCGGGCUGCGUCUGCACGUGCAGCGGACUCCGAAAGGACAGAUGAGAUGAACACGAGAUGCGCAACGGCAAAGUCCACAGGCAAAACUGCUGCUACAAAAGCCCAGCAGAUGCUGUCGGUGAAGCGGAGGUGGAUGGAGCACCAAAUCUUGCGGGCAGAAGAAAAGCUGAAAAGUCAAUGGGAAGCACUGUCGGCUGAUGAGGUUACCUCGCAACUGAUGGCAUGGAGAGUUCGUCCCUUGUCAGGCACGGAUGAGUUCAAGCGACGUUUGGGCUCAACGUUGGACGAGCUGAUUUGCAAGCGCAUGGCCGACUUGCCCUUUGCAGGAGAUGUUGAGUCGAGAUCGCUCCUCACCGAGCUGGGAUUUACAAAGAGUUAUCUGCCCCAUCCAGCAGUCUUAUUCUUGGAGUGGGAGGUGCUGGGAAGUGCCGGCAGUAAUGAGCAAACGGAAGAGGCUACGGCUCAGUGCCUUCAAAAGUUCCGCAGCUUGCCACCCGUGGAACUGGCUGCCUGGUGGUCAGUGGUGGCCUCCCGACACCGUAGGCAGCAGGAAGCCCUUAGAAACACCCUUUGCAAUGAAGUGGGCCUCGUUGAAUCUGUAAACUUUAAGGUUGCAGACUUCGAAUGCUCUGGUUUCGAUGCUUUCCGUGAAGGACAGGCGAAUCAAGGCACCGAGCCUUUGACUUUGCCAGGUAUGCAAAUUCCGGAUCCGCUUUGGGAGUGUCUGCAGGAGGAGCAGUUCCUGCGCUUGGGCCAGGCCCAAGCAUGGUCUCAGAAGCGCUACAGCCAUCCGCGCGACAAGGACUCCCCAGCACAGCUUCAAUUGCGGCAAGCCCUGCGGGAGUACAACACACAGUAUGCCUUUGAUCCGGAGCUUGGACAAAAAGGGGGAGUCAGGAACAUCGAUGAAGAAAUUGAGAGAUACCGGAAGUACGCAGAUAUCUUGCGAACGCAAAUUGUAGACUCGGUGACGUUCAUCCACCAAGACAUUGCCCAAGGAUGCAAGGUCCUGGUGGAGGGAGCCAAUGCCGCACUGCUUGACAUAGACUUUGGUACUUAUCCUUUUGUGACAUCGUCGAACACCACAGUCGGGAGCGUGUGCACCGGACUUGGCGUACCGCCAAAGGUGGUCGACACAGUCAUCGGAGUGGUCAAGGCCUACACUACGCGAGUUGGCCACGGGCCUUUUCCAACGGAGUUGCAGAAUGAGAUGCAGUCCUUGGAGGACUUCACCGAGACUUACUUUGGACCCGAGGCAAGAUAUGAGCGAAAAGGUCACACAGGUGGCCCCUUCGAGCUGAAGCCAGGUCAACCUGUGAAGGUUGGCAUGAUGCUACAGGAGGUGGGCGCCGAAUACGGCACUACAACAGGCCGCCGACGAAGAUGUGGUUGGCUGGACCUGGCUUUGGUCAAGUAUUCUGCAAUGGUCAAUGGAUUUGACAGUCUCAACAUAACCAAGCUCGAUGUGUUGACGGGCCUGAAGCAGAUCCGAGUUGCAAUCGCAUACAGGAACAGACGAAUGACAGAAGUACGGUUGCCAUCUGGAUACUUUCCGUCGCACCUGGAUGACCUCAAGGAAGUGGUCUGCGAGUAUGAGACCCUCGAGGGCUGGUCGGAAGACAUCUCCCUCUGCACGAAGUGGGAAGAUUUGCCUGACAAUGCGAAAAAGUAUGUGCUCAGGAUCCAAGAACUCUUGGGCAUCCCUAUCUCCUGGGUUGGCGUUGGCCCAGAUCGAACCAGCAUGUUGAAGGUUCCGAUGAAGAAGCCUUCGAAUCGGACCUUGCUUCCAAUUCCAAUUCGCUGA